CGUAUCAGCGACGUGUGAAUAGGGGUGGUCAUUAACAGUGAAGAGGGGAAGGCCUUCCUCAAUCUAUUUGUUUUUUCUUUCCUCGCACUCUCACUCGUACUUAACAUCGCCAUUAUCGUAUUUAACCUGUGUCGGCGGACAGCUGGCUGUUUUUCUAAGCUUUUUAGGGUCGAGUGAGACACCGGGACGCCCCCCUCUUUUCGUUCGUCGGUCGUAACGUCCGAACGUCCAGCUGAUUGCUUCGAGUGCCGUUCAAUUAUUCCAGUUUAAACUGAGCCGUUUUGUUUGACUUAACUGAUGUUUUUUUGAGGCCGAAAAGGGCCGAGUUCGCCACCUUUUUCUCGCCGACUCGUGGACUUUAAAAGAAAGAGGACGUUUAUCUUUUUGUCUAACUUGAGCGUGGAUCGUUUUUCUUAUUAAACGACCAGGCCCCGGACUCAUCCCCAACCUCGCGUUUCCUUAUCGUUUUUUUUGUGUGUUGGAAGUCAUGGGAGACACCAGUGAACGAAGCAAACCUCCGAGUCUACCUCCCCGAUGUCCCUGUGGAUUUUGGGGUAGGCUGGCUUACUAUGCAGCCAUGACUGAAACAGGUGACUGCCAGAGGCCUUUGCAGGACCUAACUCUGUCCAGUGAAACCAUGAAUCUCUGCUCCAAAUGUUUUGCCGACAUCCAGAAGAAGCAGCCAGGCGAGGACUGCACCUCUAAGCCUAUCCAAAGCACUGGGAGUAGCCAAUCGCCAGUUUUCAGUAGUGAGACGAGCAGUAGCAGUAGCCAAUCCCUAUUGUCGUCGCCGGCCUCUAGCUCCGAGCAGCCGUCAGCCGAAGAGCCCUCGCCCACGUUUCCCAGCACGAGGGAAGGCACGUCGUCCACAGAAACAGCCCAAGGCACACUCUGCACACCCACAAAACGUCCACGAGAAUCAGCGUCGGGCUCGGAGAGCGAGGCGACGCCGGAGAAGCGGCCACGGACAGACGAGAAGGAGGGGGGCGGCGAGGAGGCCCGCGGGACGCCCAAGCAGAAGAACCGUCGGCGCUGCUUUCGCUGCCAAACCAAACUAGAGCUGGUGCAGCAGGAACUGGGCUCCUGCCGCUGUGGCUAUGUGUUCUGCAUGCUUCACCGUCUCCCCGAGCAGCACGACUGUCUGUUCGACCAUCUGGGCCGCGGGCGCGAGGAGGCCGUCCUCAAGAUGGUGAAGCUGGACCGCAAGGUGGGCCGCUCGUGCCAACGCAUCGGGGAGGAGUGCUCCUGAUUGGCCGCGCACCGUGACCGGCCAGCCAGUUGAAGAUGAGGCGCUUAGGAGGAGGAGGAGAUGGUGGAGAAAGGAGAA